UAUUUGGCAGCCCCCACCCCGUUGCUUCCCAGGCUCUCAGUCAACGCAUUACACUGAUCCGGGAACAGCAGCAGCAGCAGCAGCAGCUCCUCUCUCACACCCGCUCAGCAGCGCUUCAACGUGGUGCGCCCCUGACGCGCUCUCUCUCUCUCUCCAGUUCAGGAUGGACUCGUCUCCUUCUCUUCACCUUUACCACUGACUGUCACGCCGCUGUAGUUAGGUUUGGAGUUCCUGUGGAAGGGGGCUGGAGCUGAUCCUCUGCCCGCUGUUUCGCCUUUCCACUGUUUUUUUUUUUUAGUAAUUUUUUGUUUGGUUGAACACACUCAUCUCCGGACUCCGAGAUGGGAAUGUAUCUCCAUGUGCUGUUUUUGCACUGCUAUUUAGUCUCGAGUUUCCUGUGCAACGCCGUCGCCUUCGUGGAGGAGCCCGCAGGCGGCAGGUUGGACGGUUACUGCGGACGGAUUCUCCGGGCGCAGACCCAGGGGACCCGGCGGGACGGGCACCACGAGUUCAGGCUCAGAGUGGAGGGGGACCCGGAAAGCUAUCAGCCGGGCAGCACCUACAGAGUGAUCCUCCUGGCAACCAGCCCCUCAUAUUUCCGGGGUUUCACCCUCAUCGCGCUGAAGGAGGGCAGAGAGGGCACCGCGGACGACGACUACACCGGCCAGUUCCAGAACAUUGAUGAAGAGGACACACAGUUUAUGACCAACUGUGCCCCUGCAGUGACGGAGAGCACACCUCGCAGACGCACCAGGAUACAGGUCUUCUGGACGGCGCCGCCCUCUGGGUCUGGCUGUGUUAUACUGAAGGCCAGUAUUGUCCAGAAGAGAGUCAUUUAUUUCCAGGAUGAAGGCUCUCUCACAAUUCGACUGUGUGAGAAAGAGCGUGUGUUCGGCGAGGCCACAGAAGCUCCCGCUAUGGAGUGCUGCGCCUGCGGAACAGCCAAGUACAGACUCACCUUCCUCGGCAACUGGUCAGAGAAAGUACAUCCCAAAGACUACCCAAGACGAGCCAACCACUGGUCUGCUCUGAUUGGUGCGUCUCACUCCAGAGGCUACGUGCUAUGGGAGUAUGGGGGCUACGCCAGCGAGGGCGUCCGUCAGGUCGCUGAGUUCGGCUCCCCCAUCAAGAUGGAGGAAGAGAUUCGACAGAAGGGAGAUGAAGUACUUACUGUCAUUAAGACUAAGGCUCAGUGGCCGGCAUGGCAGCCGCUCAACCUGCGUGCAGCUCCAUCGGCUGAGUUUUCUGUGGACCAAACCCGUCACCUGAUGUCCUUCCUCACCAUGCUGGGGCCUAGCCCAGACUGGAAUGUGGGGCUGUCGGGAGAGGACCUCUGCACCAAGGAGUGUGGCUGGGUCCAGAGGCUGGAGACAGACCUCAUUCCCUGGGAUGCAGGCACUGACAAUGGUGUCACAUAUGAGUCACCAAACAAGCCCACUAUUCCUCAGGAGAAGAUCCGACCCUUGACCAGUUUAGACCACCCCCAGAGCCCCUUCUACGACCCAGAGGGAGGGGCAAUUACCUCUGUAGCCAAGCUGGUGGUGGAACGCAUCGCUAGAAAGGGAGAGCAGUGCAACGUGGUCCCGGACACCAUAGACGACAUCGUUGCUGAUAUUGGACAGGAGAAGGAGGAAGAUGACACACCAGAGACAUGCAUCUACUCGGGCUGGUCUCCCUGGUCGGCCUGUAGCAGCGCGACGUGCGAAAAGGGACGCAGGAUGAGGCAGAGGAUGCUGAAGGCCCAGCUGGACCUCAGCGUGCCGUGUCCCCACACCCAAGAUUUCCAGCCCUGCAUGGGGCCGGGAUGCAGCAUUGAUGAGCCCUCGACGUGUAUGAUGUCGGAGUGGAUCAGCUGGUCGGCCUGCAGCGUGUCCUGCGGGAUGGGGAUGAGGUCUAGAGAGCGGUAUGUCAAACAGUAUCCUGAGGACGGCUCGCUCUGCCAGCUCGAGACUGAGGAGACGGAGAAGUGUGUCGUCAACGAUGAAUGCUCACCCAGCAGCUGUGUGGUGACCGAGUGGGCUGAGUGGGACCCCUGCAGCGUAACCUGCGGCUUGGGCAUGAGAAGACGCGAGCGCAUGGUGAAGAUGCCCCCUAUAGACGGAUCAAUGUGCAAGACCGAGGUGGCAGAAGUGGAGAAAUGCAUGAUGCCAGAAUGCCAUAGCAUCCCCUGCAUGCUGUCACCCUGGUCCGAUUGGAGCGAUUGCAGCGUGACGUGCGGGCUGGGCUUGCGAACGCGUCAGAGGAUGCUGAAGUCGGAUCCUGCGGGGUGCUCCGAGGAGCUGGAGCAGACGGAGAAGUGCAUGCUUCCCGAGUGCCCCGUCGACUGCAUGGUCUCAGAGUGGUCCGAAUGGUCCGAGUGCAACAAGUCCUGCGGCAGAGGACACACCAUUCGGACCCGUAUGGUCAAACUGGAGCCGCAGUUCGGAGGCAGCGCUUGUCCCGAGACCAUCCAGAGGAAGAAGUGCAAGAUCAGGAAGUGCCGGACGAAAGCAAAGGAGGAGAGAGGAGGUGGGGGUGGAGGCGGAGGUGCAGGAGGAGGAAAGAGAAGGAGACGGGGCAAACAGGGAAGAGACGCGGCAGCCGAGGAGCAGCCAGGUUGCAGGAUGCAGCCGUGGACCACCUGGAGGGACUGCACCAAACCGUGUGAGGGGGGGAUCCAGGAGCGCUUCAUGGCGGCAAAGAAAAGAGCUAAAGGGGCCCUGACGGCUGGUUGCAAGGACCGGAAGGAGAUCCGUGCCUGUAACGUUCAUCCCUGCUAGGGGGGGGGGGGUACUGCUGAGCUAAAAGGAGGGGGAGGGGAGCGACGGGUUAAAUAUGUGAGGCGUCAAAAAUAUGGGUUUGUUUGAUGAAGGUGAUGGGAAAGCGUUUUGUGUACAGGGAGGUGAGGCGAGGGAGGAGAUGAUGGGCUAGUUUAACACUUAUUGGAGACAAGAUAUGAGUUUAGGUAAGAAGAGGCGAAGGGAGGAGAUGAUAAUGUGCUGUUUAGUAAAGCCAUUGUAGGCAUUUAGUUACCAGGGCUGACAUUUACUUUAGACUACAAUGGAAGUAUUAGAGAGUCACGUCUGUGUCCUGCAAAAAAACUAAAAAAACAACAAGAAACAAACAGUAGUUUUACAGUAGUUCUGCCAUUGAGGGUAAGGGGGCCAAAAUCUGCUUUGUAGUUUCUGAGAAUAAACAAUCCCCACGGGUCUGCUCGUAGCUGUAGUUCGCCAUUGAAAUGACAUACAGUAAUACAGUAAUACAACUGAAUAAACUUUCUUCUGAUUCGUACUCAUGUACAAAUAGCUGUUGAGAAUAGGUGUGAAGUAAUCUGUAAAUGACAACAAUGCAGAGGGUUCAUCUCCCAGAGGUGUAUUGGUGUGUUUUAUAGAUAUAUAUAUAUAUAUAUAUAUACACAUAUAUAGGAUAUUUUACUCAAGUCAAGAAGCGAUACUGCAAUAUAAAUAUACUCAACCCAGCAUUGAAAAGGGGCAAUUAAGUCAAAGUAGAGAUGUAGUGUUUCAACAGUAAGAAAGUACUCAAGUUAAUUGAACUAUUUUAAACACUGUUGGUCAGUUUAAUCCACUGAUUCCCAACCUGGGGUGGGAAGGGGUGUUAGACAUUUCUGUGAAGAACAUGAAAUUGUUAUUUGUAAAGUUUGGAUUAUUAUUUAAGAUAUAAACAGCAUAAAGGCACAACGAAGACCUGAACACAACAGAGCCUGUGUUGUUAGAAUUAUUUUACAUAAUGCAGAGAAAUGUAUUAAAAGGUUAGAAAAUUCACAGGAAAUAAUCUGCUCAAAAUUCAUCCUAAUCAACACAAUCACUUCACACUAUUUGGGUUGAUUGUACAGUGUACUGCUCUCGUUGUGUGUGUGUGUGUGUGUGUGUAACUUGGUACACAAUUCAGCAGUAAGCCAAACUCCAUUCAAUGGAGCUUUAUUGUGCAGCAUCGACGUACACGAAUCAAAUAAGAGUAAAACUAAAACAAACAGAAGGACACAAUGAGCAAGAUGCAUAUGAAUUACACACUACAAAUUUAACUUUAUGUAUCUCCUAUGCUUCUGUAGCAGUCAAACGUAUAGUGUAACAACAACUGGCUACGGAUACAAAAUUAACCUUUAGAAAUAUACUUAAGAAGAAAGUAUUACUAAAAUACUAUUUUGUGGUCCGUGCUAAACAAAUACUUACAGACUAUGCUUUCGAAGGCGUAAACACAUGAUGGAUGGCAGCGGAUGAUUUUCUGAGACGAUCUACCUAAAACUACCGCAUGUGGCGAACUUCCUGUUCCAUGUCAGAGUGCAUGUCAAAAUAAAUGCAAAUUAACAACACAACCUAAAGGGCCCACGAGGGGGCGCCAAUUCCCCAGUCCUGAGGGCAGAACAUACAGUUUAUCCUUUUUUUGUAUUCUGUUAUUGUUAUGAAUUGAAUAUAAUGUGAAAGAUCCAUAAUAUGUGUCACUAAGUCAGGGGUCAUCAGUUGAAUCACUGAUAAGGAAAAGCUUGGAAGUCAUUGGUUUAAUCAAUAGCUGAGCAUCAUAUUUAUAAACUCACUAUCAGUCGGAAAGGAAAUUAUUGGAACACAUUACAUUACAGUCAUUUAGCAGACGCUUUUAUACAAAGACCUACAAUUCAGAUGCUAUCACACCGUAGGCCCAGCUACGGGAGCAAUUUUGGGGUUAAGUGUCUUGCUCAAGGACACAUCAACAUGUGCCUAGCAGAGACGGAGCCCGGGAUCGAACCGCCGACCCUCUGAUUAAAGGACGGCCCUGCUUAGCCACAGUCGGCCCUUCCAAAUCAAAGAUAAUUUACUUCUAAGAUGAGUUUUUGGUCCACUACAGAGCAUUUGUAUGAAAAAGAGUAGUCAUUUUAAAAUCCCUUUCAACCAUAGUAUGGAUAAUUUUAAGUUGCAAACUGUCACCUUAUUGAGAAGAAAAAGCAUUAACUGAAGAUGUUGGAUAUUUAAUUUUUUUUGCAAGACAUAGACGCUCACACAGGAAGUCUCUAAAGACUGUUGUCUUGAUGGAUGUACUGUUUAUCUCCUAUCUAACCAACACUUAUAAAUGACUACUAUGUAAGUACUAAAACAACCACAUUCCCUAAUAGGCAGAUAUGUUUAAAUAGAGAUGUUUUUUACUGUUAAAAUUAGUCUUUAUAUACUGUACUGCUGUUGAUCUUGUCAUUUCAGCUGAUGUAGCAUUAAACCCGCGAUAGCGCUCACUCUCGUCGGCAGAUCUUCCGUUAGCAUGUGGUAUGUGAUUCCGUUUGGUUUGGACGUUAUGCUUUCUUUGCCGUAGAUGUUGUCUUAAAACACAUCGCUAUAAUGAUUGUGUCUGAAGAAAAACAGACGGAGACGAGCGUCCCACGCGUGUGUUCUCUGUGCUGCACUGGAUCUGGCUGCAAAAGCGGUUGUAUGGAAAAGAGUGUAGGACAGCUCAACACGCAGUAGACUGUUACUGGGGCUUUGGUUACAACACACUAUGUUUUCACGUGUUGUUUGUAUUGCGCCUUCCAUCGUGUUGCCACGAUCUGUAAAAUCUCUUCUUUUUUUUUAUGAUCAUCAUUUUUUUUCUGUUUUAUUAAGAAUGUCAUCACCAAAGUUCUAUUUUCUGUCGAUGUUCUCUUGACUUUAUUGCCUUCACACUUGUCUGUUUUCAGGCCUCUUUCUUGAUUUCGUUGCCUCUGUAUCACGUGACUAUUUUCUAAGAAACCACCUUUACAAUAAAAAGUAAAUUAAAAAAAUGUGAAAA